CAUUUCGUGAUCUUGCCAAGUCAAAGCGUCUGCGUUCCACAGAAUGUAACCUUCUUCCCACAAGUACUGAAACAGCACGGUUACAAGACGCAUGCAGUUGGCAAGUGGCAUCUGGGAUUCUGUAACUGGGGCUGUACUCCAACAUACCGCGGAUUCAAUUCCUUUUAUGGCUUUUAUAAUGCAGCAGAAGAUUACUACACAAAGGAAACUUCUGGAUAUUACGACUUCAGAUUCAACCUAACAGUUCACAAAGAAGCAAAAGGCGGCUAUUCAGCAGAGCAGUACGCGAGCAGAGCGGAGGAUAUUAUUCGCUUCCAUAACACGGAUUCGCCCCUGUUUCUCUACCUAGCGCUGCAGAAUGUGCACACGCCUCUACAGGUGCCCCAAAAAUACUUGGACAUGUACACAAACAUUGAAGACGAAAACAGACGCAAUUUAUCAGCAAUGGUGACGGCAUUAGACGACGUAGUCGGCCGUGUGGUAACUGCACUGAAACAGAAGGGAAUCUACAAUGACACUUUGAUUUUCUUCACCUCAGAUAACGGUGGCUGGACCCCUUCUGGGAGCAACAAUCUUCCACUCAGGGGCGGCAAAGCUUCACUGUUUGAGGGGGGUACCAGAGUUGUCACCUUUCUACACGGGCCCGUGUUGAACCAGUCCGGUGUUAUUUAUAACGGAAUGAUUCACGCUGUUGAUUGGUUCCCGACAUUGGCAAGCGCCCUUGGGAUCAAUUAUACAGAUCAGAACCAGGACGGAGUCAACCAAUGGGAAGCCAUCAUAAGUGGAGGAGAAUCCAAGAGGUCAGAGUUCGUGUACAACAUGGAUUAUGAUCCACACCCUGCCCAGGGAGCAGUGGCUAUCCGAAUGGGCGACUACAAGCUCAUCGAGGGUUUUCCCGGACCCUACCAGGAACACUAUCAGAUCGGAGCCAAAGAUCAGGGGUACGCAGGCCCGUUCAGUCCCAAGCCAAUCAUGGACUGGGUGGCUCGGGGCCCCUACAAUGACACCAUCAAUGCCAAGCUUCUGUACAAUCUAAAAGAUGACCCGUACGAGUGCAACAACCUGUACGACCACCUACCCCACGUAGCCAGGAGACUGCACGAAAGACUGGGACAGUACAAGAAACAAUACGUGGCCCCAAACUUCCCAGACAGCAACCGACUAGCCGACCCGAGAAACUAUGGCGGUUUCUGGUCUCCAGGCUGGUGCUAA